UAAGUUUAGCUCUAAAUCUACUCUCCUCCUUUACUCUCAGAAACCCACAACCUCUUGUUGUCCACAGUGUGCACUGAACACUGAUGUGAAUAUACGUGCUGCUCCUUUAAGGCGGCCACAUAGGGCCAGUUGAGAAAUAUGACUGCUGGGUGGUGCUUAAACAAACAGUGACAGUGACUGGCCGUGAUGUGAGCACAACUAAAGGAGUCCAGAUUGAACGGGAAACUGAGAUCACCAGGAUCAGCAGAGUACCCUCACCCCUGCUGUCUGAUAGAGACCUCACUGGAAUUUAUUCUUUCUCUGACUUUCAGAUCUACUAAAUAUAUCUGGAUUUCUCUGAAGAGACCGGUUGGCAAGUAAAAAAAAAAACGAGGAAAAAGGCGGGCAUUUAAGUUCGGUGAGAGAAGAGUAGUUAUUGUGUAGUUUAAACAAAUGUGAUUAGUUGUAUAAACUACAGGCGAACCGUACAGUGGGAUUACCGUGCGGAGUCCUCAGGGGCUGCGGUGCAGAGGACAACCAGACGCGCCACCGCUGCUGGAGGAGUCCUCAGCAGUUACCGGAGAGCAGCGGGAGUCAGCGCACUACUUAGGUGAAUUACUCACGGUGUCUUUCUUCCCCCGCUGGUGACAACGAGCCGGUGUGAACAUGCUACAAAAUGGAAACGAAAAGGAGAAACCGCCGCAAGCGCCGAAGGCUGAAGCAGAACCGGACUCCCCGAGUGGAGACCCGAAACAGCAGCAGCCGCAGGAGCCGCCCCCUCCCCUCGCUCCCCUCGCUCCUCCCGCUGCCGACGGGGAGUCCACACACUUCCCCCUGCCCGUGUAUCCCAAACUGGAGAUAAAGCGCAACGCGGUGACGGACGAUUAUAAGAUCUCCACUCAGGUUCUGGGCUUAGGGAUCAAUGGCAAAGUGCUCCAGUGCUUCAACAAGAAGACUGGAGAGAAGUGCGCAUUGAAGAUUCUCUACGACAGCCCCAAAGCGAGACGAGAGGUGGAGCUCCACUGGCGAGUAUCAGGAGGACCGUAUAUCGUUCCAAUCCUUAGCCUGUACGAGAACAUGCAUCAUGGGAAGAAGUGCCUGCUCAUCAUCAUGGAGUGUAUGGAGGGAGGAGAGCUGUUCAGCCGAAUCCAGGCCCGAGGUGACCAGGCCUUCACUGAGAAAGAGGCUUCUGAGAUUAUGAGGGACAUCGGCACGGCCAUUGAGUUCCUCCACAACAUCAACAUCGCGCACAGAGACAUCAAGCCAGAGAACCUGCUGUAUACCACUAAAGAAAGAAACGGGGUCCUCAAAUUAACAGACUUUGGCUUUGCUAAGGAGACAACGCUACACAACCCUCUACAGACCCCCUGUUAUACACCGUACUACGUGGCUCCUGAGGUUUUGGGUCCGGAGAAGUAUGACAAGUCAUGUGACAUGUGGUCUCUGGGCGUCAUCAUGUACAUCCUGCUGUGUGGCUUCCCUCCAUUUUACUCCAACACAGGCCAGGCCAUUUCUCCGGGGAUGAAGAGGAGGAUCAGGAUGGGCCAGUACGAAUUCCCCAACCCAGAGUGGUCGGAGGUGUCACAGGAAGUGAAAGAUUUGAUCCAUCAGCUACUGAAGACGGACCCCAACGAGAGAAUGACCAUCACUCAGUUUAUGAACCACCCGUGGAUUAAUCAGUCCAUGAUGGUUCCUUCCACUCCACUCCACACCACCCGAGUUCUGACUGAAGACAGAGAGAUGUGGGAGGAUGUGAAGGAAGAGAUGACCAGCGCUUUAGCCACCAUGCGUGUGGACUACGACCAGGUGAAGAUCAAAGAUCUCGACACCUCCAGCAACCCGCUACUCAACAAGAGACGUAAGAAGGCCGCAGCAGGGGCCAAGACUGGGUCCACCGUCUGCCAAAGUCAGUAAGACACGGAGGAUUGUUGGUGGAAAUCCGAGGAGAACAGCCAGUGAUGAAGAAAAGCAGCUCAGAAGAGGGAAGAAACAUCGAUUGGUGCAGGAGAGGAUCAUUCAGAGAUCUGCUCAGGACUCAAGAGACUGGAUGUUGAGGAAAUGUUCUCUGGAGUAAAGGGACAACAUAGGAACAACAUCAAAGUCCGAGCUGGACAUUCAUAAGACAUAUCAAGUCGUAAUAUCACCUGUCAGUGGUAGAAAUCAACAGCUCUGUUCACUGUGGGCCUAAUCUGUUUUUAAUGAAUAUAAUGAAUGUAUGUAAUUUUUAGAUCUUGCCUGUUUGUAGGCGUGUCUGUGUGUACACAUGAAGUAUUUGUAGAGUUUUGUGUAUUUGAAAGCUGGGUUGCCUAUUUGAGGUCUCCUUUGUAACUUUGCACUAGUGUGCAAAUCACACACACAGACAGACAAACGAACCGUGGACAGACUGUGAAACUAGAGCACUCACUACCUGCAUUGUCUUAAUAUUGUCUGUCUUUUGCUUUCAGGAAUUAAAGCAAAGCCUGACACUGACUGUCUUGUCAAUAAAAUGUAGCCUCCAUAAUAACCUCCAGUUCCACCAAAGGGAGUAUUUUUUUAUUGAAGCAACAAUAAAACGGCCUCACACGUACUCGGCCGAGCAGUACAUUUAACUCAGUGUUAUGGCUGCAGAUCCACAUUGUCACCUCAUAAUGUCAGUGUGUGGCCACAGAGCUUCAUGUAAGCAGUCGUGGGGUAAUGGUUGGUUGUGUUACAUGGAUGAGUUGUGACACUUUUCUUGAGAAAAAAACUGCAUGUGUGUGCGUGCGUGUGUGUGUGUGUGUGUGUGUGUGUGUGUGUGUGUGUGUGUAGGCAUUGAGUAAAACGCUUCCAGUAAAUAGGGUCUGCAGUUUCACUUCAUAUUAAAACAUGAGCAAGCCUUUAAGUGAACCUCAUCUGUAUCGACUCCGUGUGAGAUUGCAUUUGUCCAUUUGGUUGUAAAUAAAACUUUAUAAAGUAAAGCUGGA